AUGUUGUCCAAACUUGUGUCCGACUUUGGUGAGCUGCCUGUGUCCCAGAAAGCUCUGCUGGUAGCGGCCGGUGUAGGCAGCAUUGCACUACUUUCCGCCGGCGGUUAUCUGGUGAAGAAGCGCAUCGAAAACACCCCACCCAAGCAAUGGCGGAAGGUGGGCGAGCUGGCCGAACUGUACGUGUAUCCGAUCAAGUCCUGUGCGCCUGUUAUCAUGCAACAGGUGGACUGUGCGGACAUUGGACCGCAGCGCAAUUUUCUGCGCGACCGCAUCUUCAUGGUCACCAACGCGUCCGGCGCGUUCGUAACUGCACGGAUGAAACCGAAGAUGGUGCUGAUACAGCCCCGGUUCGAUGAGCGGUACGAGACGAUGUUUCUGACCGCACCCGGUAUGCCCGAACUGCGGGUGGACGUGCGCAACCUGGCGGCCGGACCGUCCGAUACUGAUGGUGGCGAUCCCGUCCGUUCGACGGUGUGGGGCGAGAGCGUCCCAAUGGUGGACUGUGGCAAUGAGGUAGCCAGAUGGUUUUCGCGCUAUCUACUGGACAAGGAGGAAGGGUACCGGUUGCGGUACUAUCCGCUGGCGUACACUAGCCGCCAGAAGAAUGGUAGCGAUACCGGUGCAUUGCAGGACGAAACGAGCUACAUGCUGUUUAACGAGGCGAGCGUGACGGAUUUGAACCGUCGGCUCGAGAACAAGGUAACGGUGCUCCAGUUUCGGCCAAACUUUGUCGUCCGUGGUCCGGAAGCGUAUGCGGAAGAUCGUUGGCGUUGGGUACGGAUCGGGGAGGUAGUGUUCCGGUACGAGAUACCGUGUCUGCGGUGCGUCUUUACUACCAUCGAUCCAACAUCCGGCGUACCUCACCCGGACAAGGAACCGCUCCGUACGCUCAAGCAAUAUCGCCAGAUGCCGGCGUACGGUGAAUCGCCCGCACUCGGCAUCCAUCUUGGAUUGCGCCAUGCCGGUACGAUCAAACUUGGCGAUCCGGUGUACUUUGCCUAA